UCUGGGUGCAGAGCGGAUCCCGGGAGUUUACAACAAACGGUUCGACUGAGGGCAACACCUGGGCAGUUGGCUGUUUUACCACAUUCUCCAAGGAAAUGUUUUCCAUGGUGCAUCUACUGUGGGCCCUGCUGCUCCAUGUAACAGGUACCUUGGCCGUUCCUGUCCUUAAUCAGAGUCCAACGUCUGACCCAGUCUCCGCCGGCCAGACCACCCGGUUGAACUGUGCGAUGCAGAACGGAAAAGUGGACAGCUACUAUGUGUUCUGGUACCGACAGAAACCCGGAGAGGCCCCGGUGUGGGUGAUUGAGCAUCAAACUGAUGGUGAUAUAUACAGGGGCACCGGUUUCACUGACCGUUUUCAACCUUCUCGAGACUCCGUCAGUAACAGUUUCAUCUUAACCAUCGGAAACCUGGUCUCCAGUGACUCCGCCGUCUAUUACUGUGCUGUGUGGAGUGGCUCAGCUGGUUAUUACACCUUCGGAGGUGGAACUGCCCUGACCGUUCGGAGUAGUGAUGAUCGGAAACCAUCCGUACUUCUGCUCCCACCUUCCCCAGAACAAAUAGACACGGGAUCAGCCACUCUGUCCUGUCUGGUGAGCCGCUUUAAGCCUGGCCUCGUGCAGGUCCUCUGGAGCGUGGAUGGGAAAGAGACAGACAGUGGGGUGACCACAAGUGCCGUGUCCCCAGAAAGUGAUCAAAGCUACAGCCUGAGCAGUUACCUGACAGUCACGGCCACUGACUGGAAGAAAGGUUCCAGAUAUUCCUGUAGUGUGAAGCACGGAUCACUGACCUCGCCUCUCCUCAACACCAUCAGCUCCAGCGACUGUUAGCUCUGAGGCAUAAAAUGCAACUGACAGUCACUGUGUGUGAUGCGGCAUUUUGUUGUUUGCUUCUGUUUCGCAAUGUAACUUUUGCAGUAAUGUAAGCAUUUGGUGUACAACCCGAUCAUUGAGGGACAUGAGGAGGGAGUGAAAUGGUUGUUCCUAUUGGGGAGCAGUGAUUUCCUGCUGCAAUCGAAUUCAUAGGUAGAACGGAGAGCAAUCUCCCCUUCUGAAUAAUAAACAAAUGUAUUUGUGAACUUUGUGUAAACACAGCUCUGAUUAAAUACGAAAUGUUACGAAGAAA